AUGCAGCGCGUCUCGUUGAAGUCCUUUGUGUAUGAUCCCCACUCGCUCCGGGGCACAUGCUGGAGGAGCAAGACGACUGCGCGGGGCCAGCCUUUCGGUCUCGUGUCCAGUGGCCUCAUGAGUGAGGGAUCGUUCACUUGGGUCUUAAAAUUCUUGUGGACCAUGGACCAAAUCUUGACCCGUCUUCACCUGGAUGACCUAGAUUUUGUACUUCCAGCAUUCCGAGAUGACCUGCUGGUCGUGCCGCUUGAGCCAAUGUCGUACGCCUCAGCGUUGCAGCACCUCCGAAAGUUCAUUCAUGACAUCACAGGUCGUCAGCGCAUCAAUCCAUGUAUCAGUGCGCAGCUCAUUGCUGAAAAUUGGACGGCAGAAACUUUCGCAUUUUGCGUGAGCAGCAUUGAGGAGUUCUCCCCAGCUUUUUUCAGUGAACUCGUCCCCGGCGAGGAAGUAGGAGCCCUGCAGAGGGCCUUCACUCGCAGCCCGAUUGGAGCCGACCUUCGAG